AUGAUUCGUAAGCAAGCACGACAACGGCGAGACUAUCUCUAUCGGAGAGCCCAGCUCCUUCGAGAUGCAGAAGUCAGCGAAAAACGAGCAAAGUUGCGGGCAUCAUUGGCAUCAGGCAAACCCUUGGAUCCUUCCAUUGCCAACGACAAGUCCCUGAGGAAGGACUACCAGUACGAUGAGUCGGCACCGGACAUGAGCACGAACGAACAACUAGACCUAGACGACGAAUAUGCACAACUCUCAGGGAUUGUCGAUCCCCGAGUUCUUGUUUCAACCUCAAGAGAUCCUUCCGCCAGACUUUCAGCAUUCGCAAAAGAGAUACGGCUAUUACUACCCACGUCCAUCAGAAUGAACCGUGGCAACCUCAUUCUUCCGGAUUUGGUCAAAUCAGCCCAAUCGGCGGGUCUUUCAGAUAUUGUCCUGCUUCACGAACACCGCGGUACGCCAACGGCUCUCACUCUAUCACACUUUCCGCACGGACCUACGAUGUCGUUCUCGCUGCAUAACGUUGUCCUUCGCCAUGACAUUCCAGGAAGCGUACGAGGCACAGUGAGUGAAUCGUAUCCUCAUCUUAUUUUCGACGGCUUCACUUCACCACUGGGAAAGCGCAUUGUCAAGAUCUUGAAGCAUAUAUUCCCUCCAAGGGAAGCAAUUACUAGCAAAAACAAGAUGGGGAACCGAGUCGUCACGUUCAAGAAUAUCGAGGACAGCAUUGAAGUUCGUCAUCAUGUAUUUGUGAGGACUGGCUACGACAGCGUUGAGCUGGCUGAGGUUGGUCCACGGAUGACUAUGCGGCCAUUCGAGAUCCGUGGAGGAACGCUCGAGAACAAAGACGGUGAUGUGGAAUGGCACUUGUCUCAGUACACAAGAACGGCAAAGAAGAAGAAUUAUCUUUAA